ACUAGUUCACAAAAUCCAUGAUUUGCACGAAUCCACAAACAUAUUUUUGUCUGUGGGAUCAUUAGUCCCUGGGGCCUUCGCUCCCUUCCUCGUCCCCGUCCACGUCCACGUCUUCGUCCUCUUUCGUAUUUUGUCUUUAACCAAACGCGCUCGUGCAACAAUUUCCUAGAAAUUUCCCUAAAUCAAAGGGUAUAUAUAAAUUAAUAUAUACCUCAAUUAAGCAAGUGAUAGUAGCAUAUACCGAUGGGGUUCGUGAAGUUUUUGAAGUUUCUCCGGCUCAAGCUGAGGGGGAGGAGGGCCGCGGAGAGGGUCGUGGCCCUCGACAUCAACGGAGAAGACGACGUGGGAGACGUCUUCUCGAAAGGCACAUUAGCGCGUGUAUUUGCGUGGGAAGAGAUCGAGAAAUUCACGAUGAAUUUUUCGCAUGUGAUCGGAUAUGGAGGGUUUAGCACCGUGUAUCUUGCGAAGCUCGCGGAUUCGUCGACGGCGGCGGCGGCGAAGAUCCAGUUCCGAUGCACGCAGCGUUUGGACGAAGCUUAUAAGCAGGAAUUGGAGAUUUUGCUUCGAAUCAAACACCCAUAUAUUGUGAAGUUGCUUGGAUAUUGUGGUGAUGAUAGAGAAGAAGGCACAUUAAUAUUGGAGCACGCAGCAAACGGCAAUCUGCAUGAAAAACUCCACAACUCGAGCUCGAGCUCGAGCCUCUCAUGGCGGCGACGUAUGGCCAUAGCCUUCCAGCUCGCCACCGCCAUAGAUUACCUCCACCAAAACUGCAUCAUCCACUGCGACAUCAAAUCUCCCAACAUCUUACUCGACGAGCACCUGAGCUGCAAGCUCUGCGAUUUCGGCUCAUCGAAAAUGGGAUUCGCUUCCCUCGUGGCCCCUCCUUCGAAGAGCCGAGCCACGAUGCUCGGCUCUCCGGGCUACGUGGACCCUCACUACAUGAGGACCGGGCUCGCCUCGAAGAAGAGCGACGUGUACAGCUUUGGAGUGGUUCUGUUGGAGCUCGUGUCCGGGAUGGAAGCCCUCGACCCGUUGACCGGGGAGAGGCUGACGGCCAGGGCGGGGCCCAUGCUCCGGGAGGCGGAGAGGGUGGUCGAGAUAGUGGACCCGCGGCUUCUGAGCCGCGGGGAUUUCGAGCUGGAGGAGGCUAGGGCCGUGGCUGCGUUGGCGGCCACGUGCCUUAGCGACUCGCCCGCGCAUCGGCCGGCGAUUUCGGAUGUCUUGAUCGCUAUGAGAGAGAAAGUUCCGUCAAUAUCAUGUUUGGUACGAUAAGAAGAUGUUUUGUUUUUGUUUGCACAAUUAGGGUUGAUGUUUCAUCUCGUAUUUUACUGAACAUCCGGUAUAUAUGUUAGGUGUAUAUUGGUGAUGUUGCUUUAUACAAAAAAAAAAAAAAGUGUGACAUUUUAUAAUUUCUUCAAAGAAUUUUGGUCUUGCUCCGCAA